AUGGAAACUGCUGAAUCUUUCAGACUCAGUAGCUUAAGGCUAAGCAGUUCCAACUUAUGGACAAACACAGUCGUGGAAGAAUUUUCGAGGUCUACACGAGAGGAAGAAGACGAAGAAGCAGCACUAAAAUGGGCUGCUUUAGAGAGACUUCCAACAUUCAAACGUCUGAGAAUUGGCAUACUAGAAGAAGAAGAGGGUGAGAAAAGAGAGAUUGAUGUGAGAAAGCUUGGACCUUUAGAGAAAAGGAGUAUCGUAGAGAGGUUGAUCAAAACUGCAGAGGAAGAUAACGAAAGUUUUCUUUUGAAGUUCAGAGAACGCAUUGACAGAGUCGGUAUUGAGCUUCCAACUAUUGAAGUUCGCUUUGAGCAUCUAAAUGUUGAAGCAGAAGCUUAUGUUGGCAGUAGAGCACUGCCUACAAUAUUCAACUACUCUGUAAAUAUGUUUGAGGGAUUCCUAAAUUAUCUCCAUAUCCUUCCGAAAAGAAAGAAACCCUUUCUGAUCCUCCGUGAUGUCACUGGAAUUGUUAAACCUGGAAGAAUGACACUGCUCUUAGGCCCUCCAAGUUCAGGGAAAACCACACUAUUGCUAGCUCUGGCAGGAAAACUUCAUUCUGAUCUCAAAGUUUCUGGAACUGUGACAUACAAUGGCCACGCAAUGAAUGGGUUUGUUCCUCAAAGAUCAUCAGCCUAUAUAAGUCAGCAUGAUCUUCAUAUAGGAGAACUAACAGUGAGGGAAACAAUAGCCUUUUCUGCAAGAUGCCAAGGAGUUGGACCUCGUCAAGAAAUUGGGGCAGAACUUUUGAGAAGAGAAAAGGAAGCAAAUAUUAAGCCAGACCCUGAUCUUGAUAUAUAUAUGCAGUCAUUAGUCCUCAAAGGGCAAGAGGCCCAUGUUGCAACUGAGUAUGUUCUGAAGAUUUUAGGACUUGAUGUCUGUGCUGAUACACUGGUGGGGGAUCAAAUGAUACGAGGGAUCUCCGGAGGACAAAAAAAACGUGUGACAACAGCGGAAAUGCUGGUCGGACCAGCUAAGGCACUAUUUAUGGACGAGAUAUCUACUGGUUUGGACAGUUCAACAACUUUUCAGAUAGUGAAUGCAAUCAAUCAAUUCAUCCACAUUCUCGGAGGAACUGCAGUCAUCUCCCUCUUACAGCCUCCACCAGAAACUUAUGAGUUAUUUGAUGACAUAAUUCUGCUAUCAGACGGUGAAAUUGUGUAUCAGGGGCCCCGUGAAGAUGUACUUGAAUUCUUUGAAUACAUGGGUUUCAAAUGCCCUGAGAGAAAAGGAGUUGCUGAUUUCCUUCAAGAAGUAACUUCGAAGAAAGAUCAAGAACAAUACUGGAUACGCAGAGAUGAGCCUUACAAUUUUGUUUCUGCUAGACAAUUCUCAGAAGCAUUUCAAUCAUUCCAUGUUGGAAGUAAACUACAUGAUGAACUUACCGUUCCUUUUGAUAAAUCAAAAGGGCAUCCUGCUGCUCUGACAACUGAAAAGUAUGGAGUUGGCAGGAUGGAGCUUCUGAGGGCCUGUGCAUCCAGAGAAUUCCUACUCAUGAAGAGGAAUGCAUUUGUCCACAUAUUCAAGAUGGCACAACUUAUUUUGAUUGCAAUGAUCUUCAUGACUAUAUUUCUGCGAACUGAGAUGCACAAAAGUACCAUAACAGAUGGUGGAAUUUACAUGGGGGCCCUGUUUUUCACUUUAUAUGCAAUCAUGUUCAAUGCAUUCUCAGAGCUUUCCCUCAGUAUUUUGAAGCUUCCUGUUUUCUACAAGCAACGAGACCUUCUCUUCUUCCCUGCAUGGGCAUAUUCUAUUCCUACGUGGAUCCUCAAGUUCCCAAUUACACUUGUUCAAAUUGCCAUUUGGAUAUCUUUGACUUAUUACGUUGUAGGAUUUGAUCCUGAUGGUGGAAGGUUUUUCAGACAGUUUAUUCUUCUCAUCUGCAUUCACCAGAUGUCCUUAGGACUCUUUCGCUUUAUGGCUGCACUAGGAAGAGACAUGAUAGUUGCAAACACCUUUGGAGCAUUCACAAUACUUGCUGUACUUGUCCUAGGAGGAUUCAUUCUAUCAAGAGAUGACAUCAAAGGUUGGUGGAUAUGGGGUUACUGGAUCUCACCUUUGAUGUACGGGCAGAAUGCUAUUUCUGUAAAUGAAUUUCUAGGAAACAGUUGGAGACAUGUUCCUGAAGGUUUCAGGGAGCCACUAGGUGUUUCAGUCUUAAAGUCUCGUGGUGUUUUUCCAGAAGCACGGUGGUAUUGGAUAGGAGUAGGAGCCGUUUUUGGAUAUGUGUUCCUCUUCAAUUUCCUGAACACUUUGGCUCUUACAUACCUCAACCCAAUCGGAAAACAUCAGGCGGUACUAUCUUUGGAAGAAAAACCAAACAAUGCUCCAAAAAGCAUGUCAUCCAGGUUGAAGUCUCCUGGAAUAGGCAAUCCUGAUGAAGGUGAUAGAAGCAAGAAGAAGGGAAUGGUUAUUCCCUUUGAACCUCUUGCUAUGACCUUCAACGAUUUAAGAUAUGCAGUAGAUAUGCCGCAGGAAAUGAAAACUCGUGGUAUAUCUGAGGAUCGGCUACUUCUCUUGAAGGGUGUCAGUGGAGCUUUUAGACCAGGGAUUCUAACAGCUUUAAUGGGCGUUAGUGGGGCUGGAAAAACUACCCUGAUGGAUGUAUUAGCCGGUAGAAAAACAGGAGGAUAUAUUGAAGGAACAAUUACUAUAUCAGGUUAUCCAAAGAAACAAGAAACAUUCACUCGUGUAGCAGGAUACUGUGAGCAAUUUGACAUUCACUCUCCUCAUGUUACUGUCCACGAGUCCUUGCAAUACUCAGCAUGGCUUCGACUGCCUCCUGACAUCGAUGCUGAAGCCAGAAAGUCAUUCAUUGAAGAAGUCAUGAAGCUCGUGGAUCUGACUCCACUUAGAGAAGCACUAGUUGGUUUGCCAGGAGUAAAUGGUCUUUCAACUGAGCAACGAAAGAGGUUAACUAUUGCGGUUGAACUAGUGGCCAAUCCAUCCAUAAUAUUCAUGGAUGAGCCAACUUCAGGGCUGGAUGCAAGGGCAGCUGCCAUAGUGAUGAGAACAGUAAGAAACACGGUUGAUACAGGCCGAACUGUUGUGUGCACUAUCCAUCAGCCAAGCAUUGACAUCUUUGAUGCUUUUGAUGAGCUGAUUCUCCUAAGACGAGGAGGAGAAGAAAUAUACGUUGGCCAACUAGGACGCCAUUCAUUUAAUCUCAUCAAAUACUUUGAGGGGAUUAAUCGAGUCAGCAAAAUAAAAGAUGGUUAUAACCCCGCGACUUGGAUGUUGGAGGUGACAUCAAUUGCACAGGAAGCAGCUCUUGGAAUUGAUUUCGCACAGCUGUACAAGAACUCUGAACUGUAUAGGAGGAACAAAGCAUUAAUAGAGGAACUGAGUAAACCUGCCCCUGGUUCUAAAGAAUUAUACUUCCCUACUCAGUAUCCCCAGCCCUUUUACAGCCAAUUCCUUGCUAGCCUCUGGAAGCAGCACUGGUCAUACUGGCGAAAUCCACGAUACUCAGCAGUCAGACUUUUUUACACAGUAAUCAUUGCCUUAAUGUUUGGAACAAUAUUCUGGGAUCUUGGCACUAAAAGGAAAAAAAGACAAGAUCUCUUUAACGCAAUGGGCUCCAUGUAUGCGGCCGUUCUGUUUAUCGGUAUACUAAAUUCUACAUCAGUUCAACCAAUUGUAGCCACUGAGAGAACAGUCUUUUACAGGGAAAGAGCUGCCGGAAUGUAUUCGGCUGUGCCACAUGCUCUUGCACAGAUGGUGAUUGAGCUGCCUUACAUUCUCGUUCAAGCAUUCAGCUAUGGAGCUAUUGUAUAUGCAAUGAUUGGCUUCGAAUGGACAGCUACCAAGUUCUUUUGGUAUCUGUUUUUCAUGUAUAUUACCUUGUUAUACUACACAUUCUAUGGGAUGAUGUCAGUGGCGGUAACACCCAACCAGAAUAUUGCUGCAGUAGUUUCAUCAGCCUUUUACGCAAUAUGGAACCUUUUCUCAGGAUUUAUAAUUCCUCGAACGAGAAUUCCAGUGUGGUGGAGGUGGUACUAUUACCUCUGUCCUGUCUCCUGGACUUUGUAUGGCUUAGUUGCUUCACAAUUCGGAGACAUAAAAGAGGAGCUUGAUACAGGUGAAAGAGUGGAAGACUUCAUUAGGAGCUACUUCGGAUUCAGACAUGACUUCUUGGGUUAUGUUGCAGUCAUCAUUGUUGGAUUUGCAGUGCUUUUCGGCUUCAUAUUUGCCAUCUCCAUCAAGCUAUUUAACUUUCAGAAAAGGUAA